AUGGACUCCAAAGUGACUCUCGAGGGCUCGGUACCAAUCACCCCCACCGUAUCUCUGGAUCAUGAUCCUCGACGAGAGAGCGUCGAGAUGACCGUGUUCAACAGGUCACAUACCGAGGCAGACCAAAUCAAUUCACCCAAAGAUACAAUCGUCUCAACUCACUUAGAUGAUACUGCCGCGCAUCGCAAGGAAAUGAUCGCGAUGGCAGCAGUAUGCUGGACACAAUUCAUGGCAGGUUGGAAUGAUGGUACGCUUGGCCCUUUAAUCCCAACUAUUCAGGAGCACUUUCAUGCGAAUUGGGUUUAUGAUUGUUUCUAUGCUCUUCGUACAGAUUUGGGUUUGGUCGACACUACACCACCUUUUCCUGCCAUGUGUGUGGCAUUAACGAUCAACGGGAUUGGCAUGAGCCUCCAGAAUGCACAGACGAGUUCCCUGGUUAUUUCAUUGACCAGGAAUCCGGGUACAAAAAUGGGAAUGAUGCAUGCGGCCUACGGCGCUGGGGCAUGUGUUUCACCACUGAUUGCUACACAGUUUUCUCAAAUGCCGCGAUGGUCAUUUUAUUUCCUCGUCUCUCUCGGUCUCGCGGUAUCCAACACUGUUUCACAAUCUCUCGUAUUUGGUUUCCGCACUCUCCCAGAGAUGCUUACGAGCUUUGGAAUUCCCGAAGUGGUGCAUACAGCCGAUUCGACUCAAACGAGCAAAUAUAGACAAAUCCUGAACAUAAAGGUUAUAUAUGUCUUGGCCUUCUUUGCAUUGCUGUACGUUGGAACUGAGGUCACUAUCGGAGGCUGGAUUGUUACUUUCUUGAUCGAGAAUCGUGGGGGAGGGUCUUCAUCUGGAUACGUAUCAAGUGGCUUCUUCGCAGGCUUGAUGCUCGGACGACUCGUACUCUUAUGGGUGAACCAAAAGCUUGGAGAACGAAGGGCAGUUUACCUAUAUUCCUGUUUGAUUAUCGGCCUCGAAUUCGUCGUUUGGUUCACGCCUUCGUUGGUCCUCAAUGCUGUUGCCAUUUCGAUCGUUGGACUAUUACUAGGGUAUGCUGCUAUAUUACGUUAUUUAUGUUCAGGUGGAUUCGUACCUGCGUGUCCAAAGGCUUCUGACUGGGGCCAUCAGUUGGAUUGCAAGCUCCGGGAUGAGUGGAUCCGCUAUCUUUCCAUUUAUCACUGGUGUAAUAGCCCAAAAACAUGGUGUGCAAGUCCUGCAACCUUUGAUUGUUGGCUUGUUGGGAACUAUGGUAGCUUCCGGCGUCGCGUCGCGAACAUAAUACGGCGAGGACAACCGCCAGCGGUCAAUGUUCCACAACUACAGGCUACUUUGUCUACCUCCGCGCCACUCCGGCCGAGGUUGAACAUUCCCGCUCAGCAGGUUGCCGAUUCGAUGCGCCAGAUGCAUGUACGCGCAAUCUCUUACACAGCACUGCCACGCUUUGUGGCUCGGGCAUUCAGAGUCCCUAUUGCUGCUGGUACAGUUGGUGCUGGAGCUCUGGGAUACGCAAACUACCGGUUUGAAGAAUUUCGCAAGACAUCAACGGCAUGGAUCUCUGAAGCGCAGGAAACUGCAUCUCAAUUCUUGGGCUCUACAUCCGAAACAGCAUCAAAGUUAUUUGGUACGGCAUCCACAAGCGCAUCUGGGUUAUUGGAAUCAGCUUCAGAAGGACUCGAUGGCAUAAAGGCUCAACUUGCAUCAACGGAGCUACCCUCGUUCGAAACACCCCAGUUCAUGAAGGAUUUGAUAGCGUCCAUAGGCGAAUCGAGGCAAGGCGAAGAUGAUCAAGGAAACACACCUCCAGGAGGCAACGAUAAUGCGUCUGCUGUCGCAUUGGCUGCAGCUAUUGCUGUCACGAGUUCUUCUCCCUCUGAUUCAGAUGUCAAAAGACGUUCUUCGGGUGGUGGCGCACUCAUGAACCUUACCCGUAACCUCAUCGAAGUUCGCUCGAUCCUCCAGACGAUUGAUAUGGGUGACGAUCUCACUGUUCCUAGCAUCGUAGUCAUUGGAAGCCAAAGUUCUGGAAAGAGCUCUGUUCUAGAAGCAAUUGUUGGUCACGAAUUUUUGCCCAAGGGUAAUAAUAUGGUCACUCGUCGCCCCAUCGAGUUAACGCUUGUUUGCACUCCGGAUGCCGCCUCUGAAUGGGCAGAAUUCCCUGCUCUAAAUUCAGGCCGUAUUAGCGACUUUUCUGUUAUUCAAAAACAACUCUACGAUAUGAAUAUGUCCGUUCCGGCUUCAGAAUGCGUUUCUGACUCACCUAUUCAGCUGAAGAUCUGUGGUCCUAAUAUCCCCGACUUGACUAUGAUUGACCUUCCCGGAUAUAUUCAACUUAGCUCCAUGGACCAACCCGAAGAACUUAAAGACAGAAUUGCCGGGCUCGUAGAAAAGUAUAUUCGUCCUCCAAAUAUUAUCCUGGCAGUAUGCGCCGCUGAUGUCGAUUUGGCCAAUUCGCCUGCUCUCCGUGCAUCUCGCAAGGUUGAUCCACUGGGUCGUCGUACCAUUGGUGUAGUUACCAAGAUGGAUCUCGUCCCGCCCGAACAGGGGGCUACUAUCCUCUCUGGAAACCGCUAUCCUCUACAUCUAGGUUACGUUGGAGUUGUUACCAAGCCUGGAAAAGGUGACUACUCGAGCCCCAAGAGCGGCCAGCCUUUGCUCAUGGGUGCUGUCCAGCACCGAGAGGACGCUUUCUUUGGCUCGAAUCGCGAACAUUACACCGGCAGUCUCAUGGUUGGAACCGAUACUCUACGCAAUCGGCUCGAAGAUGUGCUCAAAUCGUCACUGUCAGGAGAGCUUCACAAUAUCACUAAUCGUGUACAACGCGGACUUGAGGAAGCAUCGUAUCAGUUCAAGGUACAAUAUAACGAUCGCCGCGUUUCCGCAGAAUCAUAUGUUGCCGAAUUGAUGGACCAGCUCAAGGCGAAUUUCAAGGAAGCAAGUGCUCAAUUCUCGAAACCUCAGGUUAGGGCGAAACUCAAGGCAAUGCUGGACGAUCGCGUACUCGGAGUUCUCGAACAGAUGUAUUGGACCGACCCUCGCGCGGAGGAGCUCAAUAAGCUUACGGCUGAUGCGCGCAUCCCCAACGCGGCGGCUCUCGAUACAUACUGGCGCUACAAGCUUGAGGCUGCUUCUUCUUUGCUAACCAAAUCCGGCGUUGGACGCGAUGCGACUGCGAUGGUCGCUGACGGUAUCAAAGGUCUCAUCGAUGCACUUGCUGGAACUUCCGGUACUGGCCCCUUCACCCACCACCCCGGCGCUGCAGCCCGUCUUGAAGAACUUGCCCACGAAAUCCUGCGUAGUCGCUUGUCCAUUACCGCUGACCAGGUCGAAAAUGCCAUCAAGCCGUUCAAGUACGAGGUCGAGGUCGAUCCUAACGAAUGGGAGCAUGGUCGCGAAGGAGCGGUUGCAGCCCUCGAGAAGGAACAGGUUUUAUGCACCGAAAAGCUCAGUGCAAUCAAAAGUCGGGUUGGUGGGAACAGAAGGCUGAACCAGCUUCUUACAUACGUAAAGAAUUUAGAGGCUCAGGAACGAGAAAUUGCUGCUAGGAUGGCCAUGAAACGAGAUUCGGGCCAGGAAGUUGAGCAAGAGGUUCCUUCAAUCAUUGAUAAUUACCGGUACAACCCUGCCCAUGUGAUUGAUGCCCGUCAUGCUCAGCUUUAUAUGGAUCGAAUUGCGAUACUGAAAGUUCGUACUGCUAUUCUCAAAGGCAAGAGGUGCCGCACUGGGUUGGAAAACGAUGCGUUCUGUCCGGAAGCCUUCUUAAAUGCUGUGGCGCAAAAGCUCGCAUACACUUCCGCAAUGUUCCUGAAUAUAGAGCUACUUGAUCAUUUCUUUUAUCAGUUCCCACGUGAAAUCGACUCCCGGUUGAUGUAUGAUCUCGACCGUAAUGAGAUCGUGAAGUUUGCUAGGCAGAACCCGAAUAUUAAGGCGCACUUGGAUCUACAGGAAAAGAAGGAUAAACUCGAAACAGUGCUUUCAAAGUUACAAGCAAUUGCCAGCAUGCGCGGCGAAUCCGAGACACGUCCAAGAAGGCAAGCUGGGCUCUUCAGAAGCUUCAUCUAA